AGGGACAUCUGUGCUUUUACAACUACUGCAAAGCAUAAAGGACUAAAAAGAAGACACACAGAGCCACGGAACUGUAAUGGGUUUUUAAAUUUCCUAGUGAAAUGUGGGUCUAUAGGCAGCGCUUUACUAUGGGUAGGCGGAGUCUGCAGGGAGUGGGCCUGCCCGGCGCUUUUUAAUCCAGAUGCUCUCCGCCGUGCACCCUGCGUCCGGCAACGAGCUGACACAACCAAGAGGUGAAAGAAGACACACCACCCAGCAACAUGACUGCACCCAGCAACACCUACGAUGUUAUAGUGGUCGGCGCGGGCAUAUCAGGUUUGAGUGCUGCAAAGCUGUUGAAAGCCAGUGGGCUCGAUCCUGUAGUGUUGGAAGCCAGAGACCGGGUUGGUGGUCGUACCUUCACUGUGCAGAAUAAGGAGGCAAAGUGGGUUGAUCUAGGCGGUGCCUACAUUGGACCGACACAGAACCGCAUCCUCCGUCUGGCCAAAGAGUACGGCAUAAAGACCUACAAAGUCAACGAGCAGGAGAACUUGGUGCAUUAUGUUAAUGGAAAGUCUUACCCGUUCAAAGGCUCCUUGCCUCCCAUGUGGAACCCCAUCGCUUUGAUGGACUUCAACAACCUCUUUAGAACAAUGGAUAAGAUGGGCGAGGAGAUUCCCAGAGACGCUCCCUGGAGAGCUCCCCAUGCUGAGGAGUGGGACAAGAUGACCAUGCAGGAACUCUUUGAAAAACUCUGCUGGACCAGAACUGCUCGUCGCUUCGCCACACUGUUUGUCAACUUGAUCGUGACCGCUGAACCCCACGAGGUGUCGGCUCUCUGGUUACUCUGGUACGUCAAACAGUGCGGAGGAAUAAUGAGGAUCUGCUCCACCACCAAUGGAGGACAGGAGAGGAAGUUUGUAGGAGGUGCGAAUCAGGUGAGUCAGUGCAUGGCGAGGGAGCUGGGAGACCGAGUGAAGCUGCAGUCUCCAGUCUACAGGAUCGACCAGACCGGAGACAUGGUUGUGGUGGAGACCGUGGACAAGCAGACCUACAAGGUGAGUUGAGUAUAUCACCAGUAUUUCCUUUG